UAAUUCGCUGCCAGCGAUUGGCAUUGUUGCUGCGCUUAUGUCAGUUUCCUGUGCUGCGCUGAUCUGUCUUCAACGUUUCCGUUCGCCUGCUGUCUCGUGCGAUGUGACUAGAUGUAAAAUUACCGUCUAGAUGACCCACAGGUGACAUAAGUAUUGGCGAUAGUGAUACGCAGUACACAAGAUGAAUUUCGAACGAACCAUUCAGACGGCGGUGCAGAAAACUGCUCAAAAUAGCAAAAAUCAGGUCCGGUACUAUUCCACCAAAUUUGAGCCUCCGAAAAAAUUGGAACGCACUAAGAAGCUUUCCGCGAAUAUCCAAAAGUUUCUUGCGCGUAAGGAGGAAGAAGAGAAGCAGAAAUCCAUCGAAGCUCGCGACCGACGCGAUAAGCUGCUGGAAUUGCGAUCGCAUGAUAAGAAAGCAACGCGGCGUGUAAAUGUCAUGUUAAAAAGGACCAAGUCUGCCAAUCAGUCAGCUAUACAGGAUGCAGUUACUGACCACACUAGUAUCACCAUAGGUGGCGGGCCAAGCCAACCAGACGAAGAUGAUUACGGCUACGUAUCGCAAUCCGCCGCUGAUUAUUACAACAAAAUGAUGGAGAAGUACAGCAGCAUGCCUGAUGAGAAAAAAUGGGAUUUCACGAAAAAGAAAACAAAUGGCAGUCUAUCCAGUACGAAAAACAGGGUGAAAGAUGCAUUGAAUAGGGAAGAAGAGGAAGCUAUGCAGCCACAUCGACGAAAAAGAAAACACGCUGACGGAGAGUCCACAAACGAACCAAUUAUUGGUGAAGAUAAAUAAAAAGAAGAAAAACCGAAACCGAAGAUAAAAGCAGCUCCGGUGAUUAAUUUUAAUGAUUUAUUAAAAAUAGCUGAGAAGAAACAGUUUGAACCUAUCAAAGUAGAACCCAAAAAGGAGAAGAAGGAAGAGGAACGUCUCCUCACCAAGAAACAAAAACGCGAACAAGAGAAAGAGCGUGAAUAUCGCGAGCAACGUGAAAAACGCGAGAGGGAACGAGCUGCGGGUGGAAAUCCCGCGCGGAUUCCGAAAUUAAUAACAGCCGAAACAAAAUCUCCAGCGGUGCCUACGAAACCCAAUGGAUCUGCAAGUACAAUCGAUAGGAAACCAAUUCCACAAACAAAUUCAGCCAAUCUACAGCGAGGAACAAGCGCAAUCAAAAAGGCACCACCUCCAAAAUGUGAUAUUAACAAUAAGCGAUCUGAGUUACCCAAAACAGCAAUUAGAGAUGCGAAUAGUAAACAGAUACCUAGAGAUCCAGCGCGGAAACCUACCACGUCGAUGUCGAAUGGUACUUCUUCAGGUGCACGUCCACUAGUUAAAGAUAACAAACCGAAAGAAUUCCCACCGCGUGAUUUGAAACCCAAACAAUUCCCUCCAAGGGAUUUGAAACCCGCUGGUGGAAGACAAUUUCCACCUGAAGAUGUCCGUAGGAAUGGACCGCCUGUUAAACGGAAAGGUAUGCCUGCAGUCAAAGGUAGGAUUUAUGACGAUUCCGAUGAAGAUUACGAUUCGGAAAUGGACGAUUUCAUCGAUGAUGGCCCUGAAGAAGAAGAGAUUUCCAAACAUAUUCGUGAAAUGUUUGGCUACGAUAAACGAAAGUAUAAAUAUAUUGACGAUGAUGAUGAUAAUAUGGUAUCGUCGUUUGCGCAGCAGAUGCGCGAAGAGGUAAUAAGCACCAAGUUGGGUAUCAUGGAAGAUUUAGAAGAACAGCGCAAGGAGGAAGAACACAAUCGGCGGAAGGCGCUGAUGCGGAAAAAAAGGUAGGACUAUUUCUCGUGCCUAAAUUUAUCUGAAAAAAAAAAUUGGUUAAUUUGAUUGAAAAUUUGCAUUUUUUUUGAAUAUCACUUCGUUUUUUGUGGAUUUCUAUGAAGUAUUUGUACAUAAAAGGGUUAAAUUAUGUAUUUGUUAACGUUUGUAACACGCAAAUCAUUGGGUAACAAGUAAAUUUAACAGUUUUAAAGCUACAGGGUGAUGCGCAGAUGUAAAUUCAUACAUUUUGUACUUUAAAAUAUAAGAGAACGUCGAGAAUUAAACGCAUUGAUUCAA